AUGUCAGGACGAGAAUUAAAAUUUGUAAAGGUUGAAUUGGUAUCUUAUCAAAAAUAUGUAGUCAAAGAAAAUAAAUAUUUAGAAGAAUUUUUGAUGCAAUUGGCUCAAUAUACAGAAUCAACAUGUGUUUUAAUUAGUACAAGAAGUUAUGAAUUCAGUCAAGGUAAAACUAAAAUUGAUAUAACAUAUCCCCAUCGUUAA